GCGUUGUGGCCUUCUUGCGGGGUAAGAAAAGGUACAUGCCCGCUCACGGAUUCUAAGCUUAUCUCACCUUAGGUUUCCUGUCUUGAGCACGUUUGUGGGUCUGAAUGCUCGUUUUCCGAUAGGUCGUUCGUUUGCUCCGACGCCGCGCUUAGCAGCAGUGUGAGCGUCUGCUUUGGAAGUCAAUGUGGGGUGAAGGAUGCACUUCGUGGGUUUGCGUUCCGUCCAGUCACUUCCUCGGUAGCUUAUACAGUUCAGUGGCAACAAGACUGCUUUCCGUCAGCUGCGGGAUCUCUGAGCGGAAUGUUUCCACGACAGUCCUUAUCUGUUGUACUCUGGGCUGUUGUCUUGCGUUGGCAGCUGUUAUCUUAAGGCUUAUCACUCGGCUGAGCCGGCAGGGGGGCGGGUGGAUGGUGGAUGAUUUAAUUACAGCUUUGGCAACGGUAUUUAUAAUACCUAUAUCCGGAGUAAUCAUUGCAGCUGUGAAGACUGGACUUGGGAGAGAUAUUUGGAUGCUUGAACCGGAAGAAAUCACAGAAUUUCUCAAGCUGUACUACUUUGCGGAACUAUUAUACCCCCUCUGUCUCUAUCCUUCCAAAGCCGCAUUUCUUUUCUUCUACCUGCGUAUUUUCUGGUCCCAAACCUUCCGUCGAAUCACAUACGGCACGAUCGUCUUCACCUGUGCAGCUGGCUUGUCGAGUACAAUCGUAAAUAUAUUUCAAUGCCGACCUGUCAGUUAUGCAUGGACCGGGUGGGACGGGGAGCACACCGGGCAUUGUAUGAACAUGAAUUAUCAGGCGUGGUCUAAUGCGGGCAUCAGCAUCGCGCUUGAUUUCUGGAUAAUUGGACUCCCUAUUUCACAAAUAGCCAGCCUCACCUGGCCCUGGAGAAGGAAAGCAGAAGCAUUCUUGAUGUUCGGUCUAGGGCUCUUCAUCACAAUUGUUUCAAUCAUACGAUUAAGGUACCUCGUCUUCUACCAGAGAACAGUUAAUCCGACAUGGGACCUGGUUCCAUUAACCAAUUGGUCUCUGGUGGAAGUUGACGUUGGCGUCAUCUGCGCUUGCAUGCCAGCAUUACGAAUCCUCAUAACGAGAGUGUUACCGGACCUAUUGACAUCGUCGGAUUCGAACAGGAGACCGGCCCCUACGGGACCGCCAAUGCCUUGAGGAAGGGACUACUAGGGGGGGCUCAAAAUCGCCAUCCCCGCCCUUCGUACCUCAGGACGGGGGGGACCGCAAAAAUAACACAGGUACCUACUAUUUUGACAUUAUCAUCUUUGUAACGGGUCAGGCCCACUUGGCUGGCGGCUCUGCCGCCAAGCCCGAAUUCUUCUCCACAGCGCCAUCGAGUUGAUUCUCGAAUCUUCUAUAUUAAAGAAGAUAUAACGCGUCUUCACGCACCCAGUUUGUAUUUAGAUU